AUGUCUAAGUCAGUAGCACGUUUGAAAUCUAUGAAAAAAGUUGCUGAUAAGAUAGAUCAUUCAUCCAAAUUACGAACUAAUGUUCCUGCUGGAAUGGCUGCAGCAGGUCCUCCGCUUGGGCCGAUGCUAGGUCAGCGGAAUAUCAACAUUGCAGCCUUUUGCAAAGAUUUCAAUGAACGUACCGCUAACAUAAAGCCUGGAAUUCCAUUACCAGUUCGAGUAAAAGUAAAUCCUGAUAGAUCUUAUCAGCUGGUUAUACACCAACCACCUUCAUCAUAUUUUUUAAAACAAGCUGCUGGUACAAGCCGUGGUGCAAUGGAACCUGUUAAGGAAAUGUGUGGAAAAAUAACAAUAAAACACCUUUAUGAAAUAGCCAAAAUUAAAUCACAAGACCCUCCACUUGAAUGGAGGUCAUUGAAAGAAAUUUGUGUGAUGUUGUUGUCACAAGCAAGAACUUGUGGAAUAGAGGUUGUAAGAGAAUUAGAUCCCAAGGAAUAUGGAGAAUUUUUAAAUGAUAGGAAAACAAUAGUAGAAGAGCAGAAGAAACAAUUGCAGGAAAAACGAGAAGCAAAAAUGCUACGAACAGCUUAG